AUGCUUUGGCUGUGGAUGUGGUGUCGUGAGUGCAGCCGGCAUUAUAUUGCCCGACUCCUUUUAACGGCCUUGCGACGAAUAGAUGCGUCGCCACCCGAGUCAUUCACUGCAGCUCCGUGUGUUGUACUGCCAGCACAACACUCUCUUGUUGUCUGGCGCCUGGCUGACAGUCGAACACCACAGCGUUGGGACAUGCAGGGAUGUGGACUGCCGCUCACGGUGUUGGGCACCGCUGUUUGGAUGCGGCGGCCACACGAGCGGAUGUAUUUUGGCACAAUCAAAUGCGUGAAGUACGCGGAAUCACAGCGGCUGCAAUAA